AAUGGAAAGUGUUUUUUAAUUUUCUUGUUUAUUUUUAUCUUGAUUGUGAUUUAAUUGUUUGUGUGUCUUUAAUUUCAAUUAUUUAUUGUUUAAUUGUUUGGUUAAUUGGUUGAAUUGUUCGCUUGUUGUUAUUCUGUUUUGAUUCUGUUGUGUAGAUUUGAAUAUUUUGUUGACUGAAAUGUCUCGACCUGAGUAUCAGGCUCCGCCGGAAUUUUAUUAUAAUGACGUUGAAGCUAAAAAAUAUACUAGGAAUUCACGGAUAAUUGAGGUUCAGUGUCAAUUGUCUGAACGAGCUCUUGAAAUUUUAGCUCUGCCAGAGGGUGAAACUGCUCACCUUCUUGAUCUUGGCUGUGGUUCAGCUCUUUCGUCAUCUGCAAUUGAAGAAGCCGGUCAUUCAUGGGUUGGUGUUGACAUUUCACCCGCCAUGUUGGAUGUUGCCUCUACUCGUGACCUCAAAUCUGGUGACCUGGUUCUUGGUGAUCUAGGGCAAGGGUUACCCUUCCGUCCUGGUACAUUUGACGGAGCCAUUUCCAUAUCCGCUCUCCAAUGGCUUUGUAAUGCUGAUAAAAAGUGUCACAAUCCUGUUCAUAGAUUGAAAAGGUUAUUUGAAAGUCUUUAUUCAUGUCUUGCUAGAGGAAGUCGAGCUGUUUUCCAAUUCUAUCCCGAAGAUGAUAAACAAGUUGAUCUGAUCACCACUCAAGCAAUGAAAGCGGGUUUCACCGGUGGCUUACUUGUUGACUAUCCAAAUUCAACGAAAGCCAAAAAGGUUUACCUUGUCCUUUUCACUGGUGGAGAUAAUCCAGUGAUGCCUAAACCCUUGAUGAAUGAACAUGAGAUGAGCUCGAACAAUGGACCUUCUGAAGUCUCCAAUAUUAAUCGUCGAAUGAAACAGAAACCCGUUCGUGGUAAACCACCGAAAAAAUCUCGAGAAUGGAUUCUAGCAAAAAAGGAAAGGAGAAGACGUCAAGGCAAAGAUGUACGAGAAGACACCAAAUACACUGGUCGAAAGCGAAGUGGACGAUUUUAAUCAACUAAAACACCAACAAUUGAAUUCCCUCAGAAAACAAAAUAAAACACUCAUCAAACCCCCACGGUUACUGGACCUACAAUCAAUUUCUGGAGCAAAUCCAGUAAACUUUUUUACGUUGAGAGUAAAAAAAAAAUCAAUCAAACACCUUCCAACCAUGAAGAAAUGGUCAAUCAGUGACAAUUAACUCUUUGAAUAUUUAUAUUUUCACUCUUUUAAUUGUUAAACCUUAACAAGAAAAGAGAUGUAACAAAAUCUAUUUGUAUUUAAAAUGUAAAUUAACUGAAAAGUAAAGUAAAUAAGUGAAACAAAUAA